UUUUUAUUGAUGGAAAAUACACAUACAUUUGAGGCGAUCCAGUUGGAAUUCUCUCAGCCAGAGAUUGCAGUGGUAUCUUUGAAUAGACCAAAGAAGCACAAUGCUAUGAAUUGGGCCAUGUUUGAAGAACUCACCACUGUUUUCGAUCACAUUAACUCUCUUAGAGACGUCAGAGUGGUAAUUCUCAAAGGAAAUGGCAAAUCUUUUACUUCAGGGCUUGACAUUAUGGACGCGAAUGAGAAAAUCUUUGGAAAGGUGGAUGAGCAUAGUGAAGAUGUUGGCAGAAAAGCUAUCCUCUAUCAUAAAAUUCUCAAGAUUUUGCAAGACUCUAUGACCUCACCUGAGAAAUGCAGAAUGCCAGUCAUAGCAGCCAUCCAUGGAUAUUGUGUAGGAGGAGGUCUUGACUUGUCCUCAGCUUGAGAUAUCAGGCUUGCUUCAAAGUGAGCUAAAUUCACAAUCAAAGAAGUUGAUAUUGGACUUGCAGCCGAUAUAGGCUCUCUUCAAAGAUUUCCAAAAGUUGUUGGAAAUGAUGCUUGGUGCAGAGAAUUGGCUUAUACUUCCAGAAUUUUUGGAGCAGAAGAAGCACUAGAAAAUGGCCUAAUUAGUCAUUAUUAUGAAGACAAGGAAAUAUUGUUUGAUGAAGCUCUAAGAUUAGCUAAGUUAAUAGCAUCCAAAAGUCCUGUAGCUUUGGUUGGAUACAAAGAAGGCCUAAAUUUUUCAAGAGAUCACACUAUUGAGGAUGGCUUAAAACAUGUUAGAACUGUAAACACUGCUCUUCUUCAAAGUGAGGACAACAUGAUAGCUGCUAUGGCAUUGUUGAGCAAAGAAGUACCAAAAUUCUCUAAACUUUAAUG